AUGGGGCUUCAGCUGGAACACACUGGGAGACGUUUGCGAGGUGACUCAGCACGUCAGUCGAAACGCUCGCGCUCGGAGUCGUCCUCCGGAACCGAUGCGCUCAGUGAAGCUAGUUCGUGGUUGCGCGAUGAGAGCAGCGGGCUCUAUCCUGAAGCAGAGGGUGUUCGUCGACAACCGAGGCGCAGUGCGCGGGCUAGCCGCUCGAUGCGUGUUGAGUCUAGCGCUUCGGAGCAGAGUGAUGAGGCUCUGUACCUGAGUGAUUCGUCGACGAGCUCGCAGUCUUCGACUGGAGCCGAUAGCGAAGCGUGCGUGCCGCGAGCAAAGCGUCGUCGUGAAGCGCGAGGCUCGGAGGCAACCCGCUCCAGCCGAGGGGAGGUUGAAGAGGUUUCCGAUGCACACACUCCGAGAACACCCGGCGAUCAGGGUGCUUCGUUGGACUCGUACCCAAUGGAGCGCAUCCUUGCGCGGCGUGUACGCCAUAUGACCCUGGAAGAGGCGGCUGAGAUGAACUCGAGUUUGUCACCAGCGUCGAAAGUCUCUGCUGGCGCCGAAGAGCGUUCGCCUGCAGAGGGCUCGGGCGACCGCGGUCGUCUGCGUACCCCCAUGGUAGAGGAGUACCUGAUCAAGUUUAGGGGACUCUCCUAUAUACAUUGCCAGUGGGUCCGGGAGGAUUUUAUUCUGGCGCAGCCCAGUGGGAAGCAGCGUCUCCAGCGGUUUCUGAGCAAAGAACAACAAGAGGCUGCAUACCGAGGUGUCCGAGGUGUCCUGGGAUCGGCCUCCGAUGCUGAGGAUCACGAUGAGGAGGACGAAGCAAUUCCCGAAGACUUCGUCACGGUGGAUCGAAUCAUAGCCGAACACGUGGGCCCCGACGGCACACGGCAGUUCCUCGUCAAGUGGUGCUCGCUCGGCUACGAUGAGUGUACCUGGGAAUACGAGCACGAAGUCCAGGACGAUCUCAAAAUCAAGGAAUUUUACGAGCGGAAUACGCUGCCACCGGAAAGCGAGCGAAAACGGCCACCACGGCCAAACCCAGCAAGCUUCGUGAGGCUCUCGAAUCCAUCCUUUAAAAAUGGAGGCGAGCUACGCGAGUACCAGCUCGAGGGCCUCAACUGGCUGGUGCAUUGCUGGUUCAAACGUCAGGGGUCCAUUCUGGCCGAUGAAAUGGGCCUGGGCAAGACCAUUCAAGCUGUAUCAUUCCUAGACUAUCUCUACAGGGAACAGCACCUUCGGGGUCCUUUCCUGGUUGUCGCGCCUCUAUCCACAUUGGGACAUUGGAAGCGAGAGUUUGAAACCUGGACUCACAUGAAUGCAAUCGUCUUCCACGGCAACGUCAGAGCGCGUGAUGUAAUUCUGCAGUAUGAAUGGACCUAUGCGGGCAUGAGCGUCAGAUCAGGCCUUUUUAAGUGGCAUGUUCUCAUUACGACGUAUGAGAUUAUCUUGCAAGAAGCUAAUCGCCUGCGGGGAAUACCCUGGGCUGUCAUCGUCGUGGACGAAGCGCACCGACUGAAGAACCGACAGUCCAAGCUGUUCGACGAGCUGCUUGGCUUCCGUUCCGAACAUCGGGUACUGCUCACCGGAACGCCGCUCCAGAACAAUUCGCUGGAGCUCUUCUCGCUGCUCCAUUUUCUAGAGCCAGCAAAAUUCCCGAACGAGAAAGAGUUCCAACAAGCCUACGGAGAUAUUCGUGACGCCGAGGCUGUCGAGAACCUGAAAGCGUUACUGCGACCGUAUCUCCUGCGCCGGAUGAAGGAGGAUGUUGAGAAAGCGAUACCGCCCAAGGAAGAGACGCUCAUAAGUGUCGAGUUAACUCGAAUUCAAAAGCAGUGGUAUCGAGCGCUGUACGAGCAGAACUUUGCUUUCCUCGAACAAGGCGGCAAGCGCAAUAAUGUUGGUAAUCUGCGCAACAUUGUGAUGGAGCUUCGCAAGUGUUGCAACCAUCCGUAUCUCAUUCGUGGUGUCGAGGAGAUCGAAACACAAUCACUCGCUGCCUUAGGUGAAGAUGCACUGAUGCGACACUUGGUGGAAGCAUCUGGGAAGCUGGUGCUUGUCGACAAGUUGCUGCCUGUACUGCGCGAAAAAGGGCAUCGCGUGCUUAUCUUCUCGCAAAUGAUUCGCGUUUUGGAUAUACUGGAGGACUAUCUCCACUGGCGGGGAUAUAAGUUUGAACGACUGGAUGGCCGGGUCCGCGGAAACGAUCGCCAGCAGUCCAUUGAUCGCUUCCAAAAGGACCCGGAAAAUUUCGUGUUCCUGCUCUGCACUCGUGCUGGUGGACAGGGCAUCAAUCUAACCGUUGCCGACACUGUGAUUAUUUUUGAUAGUGACUGGAAUCCGCAAAAUGAUGUACAAGCACAGGCGCGCUGUCAUCGUAUCGGGCAAGAACGCGACGUGAAAGUAUAUCGCCUCAUUACGCGCGGCACGUACGAGGAAGAGAUGUUCGAUCGAGCGAGCAAAAAGCUCGGACUCGACCAAGCAGUGCUGCAGAACAUGGGUGUCGACCAGGGCGGCAGCGGCAACAUGCUCUCCACCAUGGGCCGCGAUGAUAUCAAUCGCCUCUUACGACGUGGUGCCUAUGAUGUAUUUAACGAAGACGACUCGGCAGCUGACGCAUUCACUGCUGAAAAUAUAGAGAAUAUCAUGGCGCGACGUACCAAGACGAUCAAGACUGGUGGCGCAGGCGACGUUGGACCGUCAGCGUUUUCCAAGGCAACUUUCACGGCGGAUGCUGAUGGGAUGUUUGGCGAUGAAACUUGGCUGAAUGACAAAGAAUUCUGGAAGAAACUGAUGCCACUAGCGGCCUCUGCACCGAACCCCGAUAUCAUCUAUGAACCGCGUCGCCGGCGACAAGUUCAGCGCUUCCAGCCGGGCGAAAACUCUGAUGAGGAGAGCGGCGAACACGAGUCCGACAGCGAUGAAGCCGACUUGUCCGAGGACAAACUCGGACCCGAUGGUCGGAAACUCUGGAACAAGUCCGAGCGACAUCGAUUUCAUCGGGCGAUGCUCACUUAUGGCUACGGAGAGUGGGAACGGAUUGCCCAGGCCAUGGCCAGGGCCCAAAAAAGUGCCAAUCAACGGUCUGUGUUUGAGGUUCAACGCGCUGCUCGCAGCUGGUUGCGGCUACUUGCGGAGCACACUGCUGCCGCGCUGGUUGCUGGCGAUGCCGCGGAUGCCACGCAACAGGAGCGUCUCGCCCAGGAGCGCCUCGUGAAGCUUUGCAACGAGAAGCGCGUGCUGCAAGCUGCCUUUGAACCCUGGAUCGAUGAGAACACGCAACAACCUGUCGAUGAAUCGUUCACUGAACCAGUCUUCACUGAAGAUAGCUACCUCGAUGCAAUGGAACGGAACGGGUACAACUGGAUUGAACGUCUCGAAUGCAUCGAAGACAUCAAAGAUCUGGUUCGAAACGGUGACGUUGACGGUGAGAUUCCCUCGAUCACCGCCAGUGGCAUCUAUGUGAUGCCCGACUGGUGGGACGCCGAGUUCGAUCGAGCCCUGAUUCUGGGCACCCACAGGCACGGGUACGGCCAGUACGAUGAUAUGAGGCGGGAUCCGGAUCUGCACUUUUUCGGACGACUGGCGCCUUUGCCGCAGCCGGAGCCUGGCAAUGGGAACGCAGCCGAGGACGGCGACGCGAGGCUCGCCGAAUGGACCGCGCUGGACCAAAGCUACCGUGAAAAGGCCGCGUCUUUGGGACUCGACGCGGAACAGCUACGAGCACGCGAGAUGCCGACCCUACAUAUACUGAAUACGCGACUGAAGAAGCUGCUUAAGGCAUUCCAGCGCCUACGACGGCGACAAGAUCGUCGACGGAGCCAACUGGAACAGGCCGAAGAACGUGCGCGUGCUCGUGAGGAGCAACAGUUAGCACGCCGACGACAACGCGAGGCGUUUGAACGCGAACGAUCGGCUCGCUUUGAGGUUCAGGCACAACGCUGGUCCAAGCGUGAAAAGCACGACUUUGGACGUCUUCUUGGACGUCUCGGCGGCGUGGUCUAUGACGCGGAUGGGCGUAUUGACUGGUCCGUUUACAAGGAGCGCUGCCAGCUUUCACGCAAGUUCGACUACAACCUCGAGCGCAUGUACAUUGAGAUGUUGGCCAUGGCUCGGGAGAGUUUUCGACGUACCGGUGACGAUGCGCUCGCAAAGGCCCUCGAUGAACCCAUCGAGUAUGCGCUGCAGUGGCGGGCCAGUCAGCAUGAGUCGCGCCUCGCGGAGAUGCAGCGACUGAGCCGCGAGAGCAGCGACGCUGCCACUCGAUUAGCUGCGCUCGAGGAGUGCCUUCGAGCGCCCCAACUGGAAGGUUUUCCACCGACUGAACUCGAGGAAUUGCGCACCCUGUUUAUUCUCUCUCGCCGUUUCGUAGAACGCGUGCGUGUCUUGCACUUUAUCCGCGUCGUCGCUGCACCACUGCUACAAAACCCGGAACUCUGUUCACAUCUGAUCGAGAACAUACCGCCGCCUCGGUCGGACACACUGCCCUCCUGGUGGCGUGUCGCUGAGGGCCACGACUUGGCGCUCCUGCGCGGCGUCAUUCGCUACGGCUUCGACACCGCCCCGCUAGCACUGGACCCGUCGCUCCCGUUUCUGCCGAUAUGCUCGGAUUUGGCGCAGCGAGCGAGCACCGCUGAACGUGCCCCCGAAGACGGUGACCUCAGCACCGCAGAAACAGAAACACGAUCCACAAACAACGAAAACGACAUCGUUGCUAUGUUUGCCAAACACCGCGGUGUCUUUCUGCGUGCACGCAUCGCCGCUGAGGUGCUCGUUUACGGACGUAUCGAGCGCGUGCAUGCAAGCGCAUCGUCGGGAUCCGUGAAGCCCGAUGCCCUGCCCCCGCAGGUGCCACCGCUGCCGAUGGACACGUCAUCGAUGAUCACGCAUGCAGCGGGCACGCUUGGCAGCUUACGUGUCUAUGCGACGGCCUCGGGGGAGCCGAUCUCCAGCGAGGGUGGCGAUGAUUUCGAGCCUGUUCCCCUGGAGCUCGUUACCGUGGAUAUGUUGCAGACAUUCAAGCAGUUGAAGAAGCGAGCAUCUGGGGUCGUCGAUGUAUCGAGUUUACCAGAACAAGUAGUGAGCCUUGGUCGCUUGCUCCAGAGACAAAUGAUCCGCGAAGAGACCAUGUCAGGGAGCACGGGGCUUGAGCACCGAUCUUCUGCUCCUGCUGCUGCUGCUGCUGCUGCUGCGUCGCUGGACAUGGUGACAGCGUCGGCUGGAUCGAGUGGGAAAAACGCCUCGUUGGUGCCGAGCCUCGCCACGGCAACUGCGGAGCGUUGCGGGCAUACCGGUGACACGGAGACGAAUCCCGUGCCUGUGGCGACGGGUCAGCGUGCGGUUGUGCCUGCAGCGGCGGCAGCGGGAUCGACAGGUCACGGAUCGGCGAGUCAGCCGCAGGUACGCAGGUCGCAGCUGCACAAAGUCGCUCGCGAUGAACACGGGAACGUUCGGUUGCCGAUCCAGAUCGGGGUGGUCCUACGGAUCGAAUCCCUCGGGCACAUUGAUCCACGAGAGAGUUUCCAUAACGAGCGAGCGAUCUACCCAGUCGGGUAUCGAUCGGUGCGCACGUACACGAGUUGCGUCGAUGUGAAUCGCUCAACACAGUAUGUAUCGGAAAUUCUGGAUCGAGAUGGACAUCCGUGGUUCCGGGUCACUUGUGCGGACAUGCCGGAGGAGCCGUUCGAGGACAAGUCGCCGAGCGGAUGUUGGUCUCAGAUCAUGCGAAUCAUUCGAGAGCGAACCCCGUUGGAUAGACGACGCGUUCAUGCCACGGUUAGCGGUCCAGAGUAUUUCGGACUGACACAGCCGAUCGUCGAAGAGCUUUUGCAGUCCCUUCCAGGGGCCGCACAACUCAAGAACUACAAUUUUAAGCGGUUUCUUUCUCCGGAAAAGGCGGAAUCUGAGGAAUCGCUCCAUCCCCUGGGCGCAGCGACGGAUUCACCGGCAGCGGGUACAGCGCAAGAGCAGUUGCGAGCGGUUGAGCGCGCGAAGACCAUGGCAGAUCCGGUUCGUAUCAGACUCUGCCUAGAGCCGAUGGAAACAAACCCCGACUGA